UAUGCUGAUUAUUAAUACCUAAACUAUUAUGUGCUGCAUAAUGCAUACGAUGUAAACGUGAGUAUAAUUAAAUAAUCUAUUGCGUACCUACAUGCGUGAUGCAUCUACACCCGAAGUACCUACAUAAAUACAGCCACUUAGGUGAUACACGCUCCAGAAAUAAUAAAAUCGUCAAACCUGCCCGUCGACGAUUUUGAUUUUUUAAUAUUUCACAUUUCGCGGUAUAAAAAUUACAUAGUAAAACAAUAAUAUGAACCGCGGAUUCGUAUCUCCCCGGUCGGCGGUCGUUUGUACACUCGUGCUGAUCGCCGCCACCGCCGUGCAUUACACGGGUGCAGAGUGUUGGGACACUGGCUGUCAACUGGACUCGUGGCUGGUCAAGGGCUGCGAGCAGUACGACGGCAUGACGGAGAUAAAGCGCAAGCCGUGCGGCCGCGGUAAGGCCGCUGCAGGACACGUGUACUCCUGCUGUUACCAAUGGAAUUCGAUCGAUUCCUCUCAGCGAUUGUGCCGGGCCACGGAAUGCGUGUUGGAUUCAGCAGGAUCGCGGGACCGCCGAGAUGAUGCGAUUAAUGGGGACCGCGGCGGUUGCAGCUCGCCGCAGUACCGGGGCACGAUCGAGGUGGCACGGUCGCCGUGCGACGGGGGCCACGUGUACUUUUGCUGCAACAGCACGAACGAUCCAUCGGACGCGGUGCAAUUGAAAAAAAUCGGAGACCUCACCUACUACAGUUUGGGGUUGACGGCGUGCGGCCAGACGUACACCGACGGCGACAUGGUUGCGGCGAUAGCGUUCGGUCAUUUCACCACUCCGAAUCCCAAUUUGGAUCCCGUGUGCGGCAAGCGAGUGAAAAUAAUCGACCCUACCACGUUGAAAUCAAUCAUAGUGACCGUGAGAGACAAGUGCGAAGCCUGCAAGAUGAAUGACAUCGAUGUGUCUCCGUCUGCUUUCGAAAAACUUAAACAGAAAAUUGUCGGUAGAAUUAAAGUCGUCUGGGAUUUUAUUUGAUAUUAUUAAUUUUAUCGUGUACAACGGACAUACGCUGUACUCUUGUGGACUAUACCUCACAGCUUAUAUUUAAGUAGUCGGUUAUAGGUUCUAUCUCAUACCUACCGAUUUCCGUUCAAUAUAUCUAUGCAAUUAUUAAAUAACAUAAUUUUAAUAAUUAUUAUA